AAAAAUAAAAAAAUAAAAAAUAAUAAAAAAGAAGAAAGCUAUCUUCAUAGAAGAGGAAAUAUCUUUCCUUGGGGGGAAGAAUCACACUUAUCAUAUCAUUCUCAUCAAGAUUACCCCUCUAUUUCAUGUUCUUGUUCAAAAUCACAAUCAAAGUCGCAAAGGAAAUUGACAAAAUUCAAAGAUCCUUCCUUUGGAGGGACACUAAUGUUACGGAAAGUAUCCAUCCACUCAAUUAGGAUGCAUGCUCUGUAGGUAAACAUUUGGGGGGCCCUUGGGCUCAGGAAGACAUCAAGUUAAUAAAAUUUCUUUGCCAAUCAAAAAACAUAAAAUAAAAUAAAAUAAAAUGCACCAAAUGCACAUAUAGGAUCUUGAGUUUUUGGGUGGACCCAAGUGACACUUUGCUCUAUCUUACUCCUGAUUUCCUUCUAUCAUUAUACAAAAUGUCUAAAAUAAUACCUAAAGAUAUUAUGAAAAGGGCAAUAUCUACGAAGGGAAAAAUAUCUCAAAGAAAUAAACAUAGAGAGAGUGUGGAACAAAUAGAUGGUUGAAGAUUUUAGAAAGUGAGAGUCAGUAUAGACUCUCACAAGAAAAUUGGUGAUAAAACAAGCAUAAAUUUUUAAUGUCCCUAAGAAGAUUACACUUGCUAUGUGGCAAUUAUUUUACUUUUCAUUGUAUAGAUCUUUACAAUUACAUAUCUGUAUUUACUUACAACCAUAUGGAACAUUCUUAAACCCAAAAUUUAUCUUGAUUUAAUGAGAAACUUUUAGUUUUUGCAGGAAAGAAUGACAAUACAACUCGAACAAUCAUCAUUGUCAUUGUUUCGUCUAUUACUUCUAUGACAAUAUUCACUGUAUUCAUUUGCAUCUUUUUAAGAAAGAGGAAGCGAAGGAAGUCAAGGCAGAAAGAUGACACUGCAGAAGAAAUUAGUGUUGUGGAAUCCUUGCAAUACAACUUUGAUACCAUUAGAAUUGCAACAAAUCAUUUCUCUGAUGCUAAUAAGCUUGGACAAGGUGGAUUUGGUGUUGUUUACAAGGGCAACCUUCCAAAUGGACAAGAAAUAGCUGUGAAGAGGCUAUCUAGGAAUUCUGGACAAGGAGAACUAGAAUUUAAGAACGAGGUUAUGCUAGUUGCCAAGCUUCAACAUAGGAAUUUGGUUAGGCUCCUAGGAUUUUGCUUGCAAGGAACCGAAAGGCUUCUCAUCUAUGAAUAUGUGACUAAUUCGAGCCUCAAUCACUUCAUAUUUGAUCCCAUCAACCGUGCAUAUUUGGAUUGGGAUAAGCGUUACAAGAUCAUAGGAGGCAUUGCUCGAGGACUUCUUUAUCUUCAUGAAGAUUCACGGUUUCGAAUUAUUCAUCGUGAUCUUAAAGCUAGCAAUGUUUUGUUAGAUGCGAAGAUGAAGCCCAAAAUUUCAGAUUUUGGCAUGGCAAGAUUAUUUGUACUUGAUGAAACUCAAGGAAAUACGAACAGAAUAGUUGGAACCUACGGAUAUAUGGCUCCAGAAUAUGUAAUGCGUGGCCAGUUCUCAGUCAAGUCAGACGUAUUUAGUUUUGGUGUCUUGAUUUUGGAAAUUGUGAGUGGUCAGAAGAACAAUUGUUUUCGCAGUGGAGAGAAUGAAGAGGACCUUUUAUGUUAUGCUUGGAAAAGUUGGCAGAAAGGAAUAGCUUCGAAUAUAAUUGAUCCCACAUUAAGGAAUGGUUCGGGUCCGUUGCAUGAAAUGAUAAGAUGCAUUCAUAUUGGGCUACUAUGUGUACAGGAAAACGCAGCUACCAGACCAACCAUGGCUGCAGUUGUUCUCAUGCUUAAUAGCUUCUUUCUCACCCUUUCACUAUCGUCAGAACCGGCAUUUUUUGUGCGUAGUAGCAUCGAUCCAGAGUUACCAUUGUCUCUUGUGUCAGUCAACGAAGCUUCAAUUACCGAGUUAUACCCACGAUAGAGGAGAUUGAAGUGAUGAACAUUUUUAUAUGAUUUGUUUGCUUUCGGUUCUUUCUCUUUUAGAAAUCUUUUCCUUUAAUGGAAAAAUGUGUGAGUCCAUGAUAUCACAUAGGAGUGUACUUCUCAACUUGUCCUUAGAAGGCUUGGCUAGGACAAGUUACCCAUGAACAUGUUUUCUAUUCUUUAAACUUCUUGAUAAAGUGCUUCAAUUUUAAUUCCAACACUAUAGUAGGU